AUGGUACUCACGCGAUAUACUAGAACCAAUGUAACCGUUCGCUUCGCUCUCUACGCUAGCGUGUUUUAUGUUCUUACAACAUACACAAAUGCCUAUAUUCUGAAUGAUAAUGAUAAUACUAUCGAAGCCAACCAUGAAAAUGUUAAGGAUUCAUAUCGAGAAUUUCUCUGGUCAAGGCCACAGUUUGGAUAUGAACGAGGAGCACGAGCGCAUGGUAAACCAACUUUCAUCCGUUUUGGUAAACGAGAUUCUAUCGAUCACAAUGCCAACUUCAUUAUGUGA